GGGUACGACAUAUUUGAAUAUUAUUAUUACCCUCUAUUCCUUUCUUGCUCAUCAAUCAUUUUUCUAUAUAUAUAAACACACAAUUCUCUUCAAGGCAAUUAAGAGAAUUUAUUCAUUUUAUUUCAAUUAAAGCUAGCGAUGAAGAUUACAUGGGAAUCUCUAGUACCUAGCUGUUGUAUAUCGGAAAAUCCAAAGCCAAAGCCAAAGCAAUCAAAAUUAGUAACAAAACAAAGUUCAUUUCAUCGGAUUUCAGUUUCAGAUUUCAGUGGUUCAGAAGAUUUAUCAAUAUCAUUAGCUGGUUCAAAUCUUCAUAUUUUCAGUGUUCAAGAAUUGAAAGUGAUUACUCAGAAUUUUUCGUCGAGUAAUUUUCUAGGGGAGGGAGGUUUUGGACCAGUUCAUAAAGGUUUUAUUGAUGAUAAACUUAGACCUGGUCUAAAAGCUCAACCUGUUGCUGUAAAGCUUUUAGAUUUAGAUGGCACUCAAGGUCAUCGAGAAUGGCUGACAGAAGUGAUAUUUUUGGGGCAAUUGAGACAUCCACAUCUGGUGAAGUUGAUUGGAUAUUGUUGUGAAGAGGAACACAGGCUGUUGGCCUAUGAAUAUAUGCCCAGAGGCAGCUUGGAGAAUCAACUUUUUCGAAGAUAUUCUGUAUCACUUCCAUGGUCGACACGGAUGAAAAUAGCACUUGGAGCUGCAAAAGGCUUAGCUUUCCUCCAUGAAGCUGAAAAACCAGUCAUAUAUCGUGAUUUCAAGGCUUCAAACAUCUUGUUAGACUCCGAUUACAAUGCUAAACUGUCAGAUUUUGGACUUGCAAAAGAUGGGCCAGAAGGAGAUGACACACACGUCUCCACCCGAGUCAUGGGAACGCAAGGCUACGCUGCUCCUGAAUACCUCAUGACCGGUCAUUUGACAGCAGCAAGUGAUGUAUACAGUUUCGGAGUAGUAUUACUGGAGCUUCUAACUGGGAGAAGAUCGGUAGAUAAAAGUCGUCCAAACAGAGAACAAAAUUUAGCAGAUUGGGCAAGACCUCAAUUGAAAGAUGCGCGUAAACUAGGUAGAAUAAUUGAUCCAAGAUUAGAAGGUUUAUAUUCAGAAGAAGGGGUUCAAAAAGCAGCAUUAGUAGCUUACCAAUGCUUAAGCCAUAGGCCAAAAGCUAGACCAGAUAUGAGUACAGUUGUCAAAACACUUGAAACAUUGAAGGAUUAUAAGGAUAUUUCAACCAUGACAUUUGUGUAUAUAGCUCCAGUUGAUCAACACAAACAAAGUCCUCAAAAGGAAUUAGUCAACAAAAGAAAUACUAAUUCUCAUCAUCAUACAAAAAGUCCACAUAAGAAAUUAACUCCAAAUUCACCAUUGCACAAUGAUUUCCAUAGAGCUUAAACAAUUGUAUACAUCCAC